CCCUCCCCCAAUACAUUGCUCCUCCUCCUCCAAUCCGGCUCUUCUGUUCCAGGACUGGGGGGUGUGAGCCCCCUCCCAAACUGCCUGCGUCUCCCAGAAGUGGAGCUUCCACUCCGGAUUGCUGCUCUGCCCCGUAGCUCUAGGGGCGCGCACGUUCUCAAAGGGGAGGAGGGGCGGCAGGUAAAUCCUCCCCACCCACGUGGAUGUUGCAGGAAAGGAAAGGAGGAUCGGGAGCGAGCACAAAGAGGUAGUGUCAGAGUGACUGACAAGCUGAGAUACAAUCCUUCAUCAUCCGAUGACAGCAACUGCAUGAAUCUUCCCAGUCAAAGGAGCCAUUUUCAUGAUAGACAGUGCCUGGGGCUGGAGGCUCUACACACCGGGUGUGACUGUGCAGGCCAAAGACUGUCAGUAUUAGCACAGGGCCUUUCUUCACCUGCAUCAGAAUUCCCCAACCCACCAAGAAUUUGAGACCCAUCAGAUAUCCUCACCUGGUUUAGCCAGCCAGUUGAAGCCGUUCCUGGGAUUGUGGCCCCUAUUCCAUCCUGACAGCUUCUGGAAGAAACAGGCAGUGUCAGACUGACAGACAAGCUGAGAUACAAUCCAUCAAAAUUCAAUGACAGCGGCUGCGUGAAUCUUCCCAGUCAAAGGACCCAUUUUCAUGAGAGACAGCCCCCGUGGCUGGAGGCUCAACCCCCAGGGUGUGCCUAUACAGGCCAAAGACUGCCAGCAUUAGCACAGGGCCUUUCUUCACCUGCAGCAGAAUUCCCCAACCCACCAAGAAUUUGAGACCCAUCAGAUAUCCUCACCUGGUUUAGCCGGUCGGUUGAAGCUGUUCCUGGGAUUGUGGCCCCUAUUCCAUCCUGACAGCUUCUGGAAGCCACAGGAUCAGGAUCCUCAGGAGCGUGUCCUGGUGGCCAGAUUAAGGCAGUGUCAGACUGACAGACAAGCUGAGAUACAAUCCAUCAAAAUUCAAUGACAGCGGCUGCGUGAAUCUUCCCAGUCAAAGGACCCAUUUUCAUGAGAGACAGCCCCCGUGGCUGGAGGCUCAACCCCCAGGGUGUGCCUAUACAGGCCAAAGACUGCCAGCAUUAGCACAGAUUUGUCCGGGAUGCUUCGGUCCUUUGUCAGCCCGAGCCUCUGGCAUGUGGUGCCAGGCCAGGCCCCCCGCCUUUGGGGGAGAAGAAGAUGCCCGUUUCUCUGCAAACAAGCCAGGUGCCGCUUCCAGGCAGCCUGGCACAGCCGGCUUGCAUCUUUGGUUGGUGGCACAGGUUGGCAGGCAUCUCUGCUGAAUCCCUUGGGAAAGAGCGCUUCUGACUCCGCAGCCCAGGGCGCCUGUCUGGGAGCGAGAGGGGCUUCGCACCCCAGCAGGACACAGCGGCACGCGGCCGGCUGGAGGUCUUUCUCCCAGGGGACCCCGCAGAGCCCCUCGUCCGGCCCCCGUCUCCCGUUCAAGACUCGACUGCUCAUCACGGUCCUCUUUGGCGGCGGCAUCCUGGCCGGCUGGCUGUACCUGCGGAAAGAGAAGCUCCGGCAGGAGAAACUGAGGCGCGUUGAGGAGCUGCGGAAGCUGGCCCUCGGGCAGGGGGAUUUCCGGCUGCUGGACCACACGGGGCGGCCCCGCUCCAAGGCCGACCUGCGGGGCAGCUGGGUCCUGCUCUACUUUGGCUUCACCCACUGCCCGGACAUCUGCCCCGAGGAGCUGGAGAAGAUGAGCCGCGUGGUGGAACUGCUGGACGGCAAAUCUCACCUGCCCAGAGUCCAGCCCGUCUUCAUCACGGUAGACCCCGAGAGGGAUGACGUGCCGGCGAUGGCCAAGUACGUCCGGGAUUUCCACCCGCGCCUCCUGGGGUUGACAGGCACCCCAGAGCAGGUGCGGGAAGUGGGCCGGGCCUUCCGGGUCUACGCCAGCGCCGGCCCCAGAGAUGAGGACGGUGACUACAUUGUGGACCACACCGUGAUCAUCUACCUGCUCAGCCCAGACGGGCUCUUCCUGGACUAUUACAACCGGAACAAGACGGAGGCGCAGAUCGCCAAGAGUGUGCAGGGACACAUGGACACCUUCCAGAGCCUCUUCGGCUGAGACGGAGGCCUCUCUCGGUGCCGCUCUUUUGAAGGGAGGGAGGGGACUGUUUCCACUUACAAGCUUCUGUCUUGGCCCCUUGUGGUGGUGAGUUCCGGAGGCUAUGUCAAGGGAGAAAUUACAUUGCUACUCACUGAUA